AUACAGAGAUGCAUGCGCAGCGAUUUGUGAAUCUUGCUCCGCUAAGCUUAUUGGCCAACACUGUGGGGACUUGGUUUAAAGAUGUACGUACCCAUCCGCCGAUAGUCUUUACGUUCCCUCCUCCAGGCGAUGGCUCCUCACAGCAAGGUGGCGUAAAUGAGGGGAUCACUUUCAGCGAAAAUUUGUUUUACAGCAGAAACCCUGGGCCUCCAACUAAAACAAUUUCCUUGCAGGGUCUUUUACAAGGCGUCUCGCCCUACGCAUCCUUAGAUGUAACAAGAUUCACGGCCUUUUCGCCCUCGUGGAGGGCUACUUUCAAUCACACAGCUAAUCAAGAUAUGGUUCAUCUUAACGCCUAUGCUAAGGAUUACGAUGCUUGUGACGAAACAAAUAUACAGCCACCGGGGAGCCCAACUUCUGUUCACACUGCCUCAAGUUUGUUCAGUACCCCUCCUUCACUAGGCUCAUUCAAAAGCCGCCUGCCUAAUGCGAUGCUCGAGGUCGAUCUACGGUCGCUUAAUCUUCACUUGAUGAUGCGAGUAAAGGAGAUCCUAGCAUGUGCGGAGGCGAUGUGGGAAUGGAUAGUUGAUUAUCAAGAGCAUCUAAGGUCUGGAUCCGUGACUUCUCAACGGGCGCAAGGGUUGGGUGCCACAGGGGGCGAUGGUGUAUCCAAAACGGAUACCGGCGGUCAAGAUCCGAUCAAAGCUGCUAUCGCGGGGAUGACAAGGUCCGACUUUGAUGAUCUCCUUAUCCAGUUUGAGAUGGAUAUGAGAAAUCACAUGGCCUUGGGAUCUGUGCUGGAAGACCGGUUCAAGUGGAGUGCUGUACCGGGUCCGAUACCGCAGGAAAGACAGAACUUUGAUGCCGCGUGCAAAAAAUGGGCCGAUAGUGAAUGCCAGCUGCAAGACCGGGGCCACAAGGAUCGUAAUCAAACUCAAAACCGCCAGCGAGAGCAAGAGCAUGUCAGUCAGGAUUACAAGUCCCCUAGCGUUGCCGUUGACGUAGCUGUGGCGGCCUCCACCUCGACGCUUCCCGUUGUUCCUGACUUAGCCCAGGCUCCUACGCCAGACACUCGAGAUACCAUCCGCGAUAAGGAUCAUCCCAGCUUCUCGCCCACUUCGCCGCUUCAAAACCAGUCUCAGUCCGAUCGUUUGAAGUCAAAUUCAACACCUCAUCCUUCAACUCGUCUCAGCCGCUCGAUGCGUGUCUUUGUAGCGUGGAAGGCUUGAAGAAUGAGUUCAAGAAUAUCAAGCAAUGUACAUUGUAUUUUUCAUUUGCGCUCUAGGUCUGUCUGUAUAGGUGUGGCCAAAGUUCUACUUCAUGGAUUGGAAUAUGGAAGGAUAGGAUGAACUUCUGAUUGCAUGUGCCACGGGUAGCACGAGGGUGGAAAGAUUCUGACGCCAUUAACCACACGGUGUUUAAUCUGUGCGUGAUAGGCGCCACAGGGGCUAUGAAUGGAAGUCGAAGUAGAAAAAGAGGCUGGUUGUUACGGCGCCAGAGGGGAGAAAGAGCGGAAGGUCGUUGGACGAGCUACACUGACCUAUUCGGGACUGGCCUGCGGCAUACGUGCCCUUAUCAGUCAGUAGCAUGAAGAUUGAUCGGGCAGCCGGGGCGUCGUUUCAUGCUGGAAUCCCACGGCGAGGAUGCACAGGCUGGGACUUCAUCGUCACGUACACGAUCGCCCUUCAUCUUGGAGACCCUAUAAGCAUUCUCUUCGCAUAGUUUUACGUCCUCUGCUCGAGCACUCCCCUUGUCUGUCGGACCUUAACUCGCCCCUGCAUCAUGGAAGCUUCGAAAACAUUUCGCCAUCUGACUCAUUGUGCAUUGUUCGGCUCUUUGGACUCCGCGACGCCCAUCUUGCCUUCAUUCCCUGCUGGCGUUUCUCGAAGCGCAUCUGGUGUUCUAUGUUGGGGAAGUUUAGAUAGAGUCAUCAAUGCAACUCACUCAAAAGUGGGGUGCUCAAGGAUGGUUACUACCCGAAGGACUGUAGUGAAAUACGAUGAUACACCGUGGAGUCGGUAUUACUGCCUCAGAUACAAACACUGAUUGCCCAUGAUCAGGUUGCGUUGAUCACCGAGGACUCGAGUGGUGAUGCCAGAGCUGCAAUGCGAACCUCACCCAAAUGGAGGCGCUGCCGCUUUUAGUGUGAUGGCACAGCGCUGCGUCAUGUCUCUCCUUAUUACUGUUUUUGUUUCCGCCCUCGAUCAGGGCUGAGCUGUGACGGGUUUGUCUUCCCAUGAAGGACUGGUUUUCUGUUUUGAGACUCGCCUUCUCGCCUUUCCCUCUUUUGUCUACGCGUCGCGAUCGUGACAUUACACGCGUCGCGUCGCGUCUUCGCGUCGUCAAUACAUUGUGCAUGUGCAGAUCUCCAUUGUUCUCUUUUGUCUUGUCUUCUCACAUUGUCAUUAACUCCAUUGAACCCUCUUCUCUUUUCUCGACAUGUUUGUAUUCUCGCCUUCCACAUUCACUUUUCAUUUAUACGAAAUUUACGUGAUAAUCGGAUGUAUAUCUAACAUAUCUCAUCACAAAUUAUAUGUUGUUUCCAUCA